GUUAAAUACGAAAUGGCUCCAUGUUAAUUAAGAGCGCAAAACGGGAAGAACAAUGAUGAGUUUCGUUUCAUCGUGUUUCAAGGUGACGAUAACUUGGUUACCCAGACUUUGCAACAUGGUUGGUCCUUGCCUGCCAAACAAGGUUACAACCAGCUACGGCUGUAACAUUGCAGUCAGAUACCCCCCACGGCUAUCUACGUUCCAAUGCAGUCUAUGGAUGUCAAAUGGAAGGGAUCAACGCAAUUGUGCUUACGUAAACACUAAGCCGCCAUUCUACAGAUCUGUGGAGGUAGUUCGUGAUAAUGCCGACGGAAACAUGCUGUCGAUUGUUGUCUACCGCUUGAGGCUAGUAUCUGGUGAAGAAGCUCUUGAGCCACUUAACCAAGGUGUCAGGUACAACUGGGAUAAUGUGCAAGGAUCAUCAGCAUUAUGGGUUUGCGCUUCGAGGGCUUAUACCUGUCCGUUCUCCAUACAGUGUACUGGCUUUCUAACAUUCCACAGACCCUCGCCGGAGAUCCUAACCAAGGCCGCUCGUGAAAGUAAGCAGGGACUUGAAGCUUGCUUGGCGGGAACAGGUCAUAAAGUGACAGCUGCACUGCUUAAUUGCCAUGAGACACUUUUCAAUCCCAUGGUGGGACUCUUUUUGGAGCGAUCUUGCCAUCUCUCCUCUUGCAAUCCAACUUUUGGCUGUGUCCCUCGUGCCAUGGGCCCUCACAUAGUCAAGGACACGGGUAGGAACCACUCCACCUUCAGCGGAUGUGCUAUGCGCAUCUAUCUUGACUUAGAACAUUCGCCGACCUGCUCACGCUUAUCCCGAGUUCCUGUCGUCGCAUUCUCUGCCUCGGAUGGCUUCAAGAGUCUCAAUUACUAGAUCCUUUCUGUGGUUAGGCGCACAGACGGUACGCUGCAGCCUGCUUAGGAGAAAAGAGAGUCCCGGAUGCCAACAUCGUCGCAUUUUCACUACUCAUAGGCAUGAUUGACACACCUGGAGUCUCCACAUGUUGUAUAAACCCUUGGGGCUAUUCCCAUCUAGAUUUUGCUCGCAUCGAGGCUGGCCCGCUGCUACUUUUCUUCUAUUAUGUACUCCAAUGACCCGGAUGCGGUACGUAGUCUAACUAGGUAUCCUAGUAGCCAUUCACCCAUCUACUUGGAUCCGAUAGGAAACCGUGCUUGGC